AUGGCUGGUCUGGUAGCCUACGAGAGUAGCGAUGAAGAACAGGACGUCACACCCGCUGUGGCCCAACUAAAGCCAUUGAAACCGACCCAAGGAGUCCCAGCUGAUGCGGGUGAGAGACCAGAUCCCAUUAAAGAACCAGCAGCGCCGCCGGCAAAGGCAGAUGCGCAACCAGCAGUCUACGGACCGCAGAUGGGUCCAGCAGCAGGACCCAGCUUCCCUCCGCUGGAGGAAGACACAGCAAACGACGACGACGACGCAGCAGCAGCAACAGCUCCCGGCCAGGUACCUUCCGGCUCCCCCUACUCCGCCAACCGCGCCCUGCUGCGCGACCUCACCCUCCCCACGCUGCCCAACAUGGACAUACCGCCGUCGCCACCGGGCUCGCCGCCGCCGGAAACCAGCAAGAAAUUCGAGCACUUCCUGGAGCUCAAGAAGCAGGGCGUGCACUUCAACUCGCGCAUCGCGCAACCCCAGCAGCCGGCCAUGCGGAACCCGGCGCUCAUGGACAAACUGCUGGGUUUUGUGGGACUGGACCAGCGCGACCAGUACGCCACUACGCUGCCGGUUGAUGUGUUUGAUCCUGCUGGGUUCUCGCGCUGGGCGUACAAGGAGCAGCUGAAGCAGAGCCAGGUCGAGGUCGCGCAGGCCCGGGCUAGGGGGAAGGGCGCCCCGGUGGAGUUUGUGGCCGCUUCGGGGACGGCGGCUGGGCAGGGUGAUGCGCCUUUACUGGUUCCGGCAGAGGAGGCGCCGGCGGCUGGGAAGCGGAAGACGCGGUUUGAUACGUGA